CGUACAUAAUGGUGACUGUGCGUUUUCGCCCCCUCAGCGCCGGCACCGCCACCUACGCCCGGGUGGGCUACCGUCGCGCACGCGUGACCCGUCGCUGCUGCUUCGACGGGGUCGGUGUGUGCCACGAGGCGACCGGCAGCAAGCGUCACAUCAGCUCAAGGAACUCAUCGUUCAACAACCUUCUGCUCGGGAAAAAUAGAUUGCUGAUAUGCGGAGUGAUGUAUGCAUCGGCUGGUGACGAUCGCAGCCAAAUGAUCCAGUCGUACUGCAUAUGUUAUCUUCCAAAGACCCGACCGGAGGAGAGAGGAAAAAAACGAGAAGUGAAAGGGUUACACACGUUGGUUCAGCUGUACCCCGGCACAUCAACGCACUGAGAUUAAUAACAUUUAAACAAAAAGAAAAAAACCAUUUUGGCGUUGGAAGUUAUUGGUUUACAUCAACAUUUUUUGGUAAGCAUAAUCAUCUAUUUUAUUUCAUACGAAGUAUACAAACUACAACUAACAAUAGAAAUCACAACAUUUAUAAUUCAUAAAUCCUCAUUAACAUAAAAUAGUAUAGUAUAUGUAAAGUUGAUUAGGUGUAACUACUGAAAUCGCCGUUGUAGUUUUGUAUCAAAACGCAUGCAUUUAAAUAUACCAACCUACCUAGAACCUAUUAAAGCUUAUUUUGUCAGUAUAUCUUUAAAUUGCAAUUGUAAAUUUGUACAAUUAGAAUGCACAUAAUAUAGUACAUCGCAUCAUGUGACGUAUGAUUAACGACGUGACAAUUAACAUUAGGCUUCUGUUUGCUGUAUAAAAGACCGAUUAGUACCUACUACAAUUUUAGUAAUACAUUUGUGAUACAUUGUUCGUGCGUAUACAAUACGAGUUGUCAACAGUAUGUCACAUCAUAACAUUUAUAACACUAAAUAUAUAAUGGUACACAGUACACAAUUCGAUCAUUUACACGACCACGAUACGUAUAUUAUGCCUCCUACUCUCAGCCCCUAAUCAUAUAUAUAUAUUAUACAUAUUUCACAAUAAUCUUUUCAGACUUUGGACGCGUAUUUAUAUUGGUCCAUAUAAUGUUAAUGUGUAAGGUUAAUAUGUAUACCUAAUAUUAAUGUUAUAUACGUAUUUAUUCCUAGACAUGAAAUUACCCAGACCUAAAUGAGUUCAAUCGUUCAAAUUUAAAAAUGAAUAAAUUAAGCUCAUAUUUAGUUUAAAUCAAUAGAUCAGUAGAACCAAAUAAAUUUGAACUUUAUUGUUGAAGUUAAUUUUGCUUCCCUAAAAAAAUGUUUUAUUUUGCUAUUAACUAUAAUAAUGAUUAUAAAUUAGUUAACAUUUUAACAGAGUUCAGACACAAAAAUAAAUUUAAAAAAACACACAUCAUUGUUAAAUCAAUACAUUCAUCGCUCCACUCAAAAUCUAAAAUAUUAAUUACAAUUUUUAUUUAAAAUUGGAUAAUUGGAAUAUAAGUUUUUGAA